CUCACCACAACACGGCUGGGUGCUAACGUCACACUCUCAUCCCUGUCACCAGCGGUGUGGUAGCCCACGCAAGGGUCUGUGCGCAAAAUACGAACGGAUUCCUGCCCUAGAGAGAGCGCAGCAAGGAACAAAGGUUGCCAGCGGUUUUACAAAGUAACUUUCUCUGGAGAGAUUGUCGGGGAUUUAUUUUAGAAACCUGCACAAUGCUCGGUGCUGUUAAAAUGGAAGGACACGACCAUUCAGACUGGAGUACCUACUACGCAGAACCCGAGUGUUAUACAUCAGUGGGAAACAUGAACAGCGGAUUUGGAAUGAACUCCAUGGGCACCUACAUGGGGAUGACCGGCAUGAGCUCCACCGCUAACAUGACAGCCGGGUCAAUGAACAUGUCUUACGUGAAUACGGGCGUGAACCAUGGAGUAGCGGGGAUGUCACCGGGCGCCGGGGGCAUGAACGCCAUGGGAACCGGGUUAGCUGGUAUGGGUGCGACACUCAACCCCAGUAUGAGCCCCAUAAACGGACCUCCUCCAUCCAUGAAUGCAUUGGCCUCAUACUCAAACAUGAACGUGAUGAGCCCCAUGUAUGGACAGUCAACCGUGAGAUCCAGAGAUCCAAAAACAUACCGGCGCAGUUAUACGCACGCAAAGCCUCCUUACUCUUACAUCUCGCUUAUAACAAUGGCCAUACAGCAGUCGACUAGUAAAAUGUUAACCCUGAACGAGAUUUACCAGUGGAUCAUGGAUCUUUUUCCCUUUUAUCGACAAAACCAGCAACGAUGGCAAAACUCCAUUCGUCACUCAUUGUCUUUUAACGACUGUUUUAUCAAAGUACCCAGGUCUCCGGAUAAGCCGGGGAAGGGUUCUUUUUGGACCCUUCACCCAGACUCGGGAAAUAUGUUUGAAAACGGUUGUUAUUUGAGGAGGCAAAAACGAUUCAAAUGUGAGAAAAGGGGCAGUGGCAAAGAGUCAUCUCGGAAAAGCAUGGAGGGUGGAUCAAACAGCAGUUCUGAAAGCUGUAACGGUAACGAUUCUCCCAGCCCAUCGAAUAAAGACUUAAAGAGCGCCACGGCUGAGUUGAAAUCAAGAGGGCCGGUGAGUCCAGAGCAAUCGGCCUCCCCAUUACCGCAGACGCACCACCUUCUGUCACAGCAUCACUCCGUGCUGGUGGACGAGUCCCACCUGAAGCCGGAACACCACUACUCUUUCAACCACCCCUUUUCCAUCAACAACCUAAUGUCUUCGGAACAGCAGCACCAUAAAAUGGACCUCAAGACCUACGAGCAGAUGAUGCAUUACUCCGGUUAUGGUUCACCUAUGACAGGUGCGCUGUCAAUGGGGUCAAUGUCAACGAAAGCAUGCUUAGAGUCAUCAAUACCCACGGACACUGCCUACUACCAAGGUGUGUAUUCCAGGCCAAUAAUGAAUUCAUCUUAAAUCGCCUGCCUAUGAUGAACUGUUUUUAGGCAACAAUUUGUAUAUUUGUAAAUUGGUGACAUUUCCCUGUGCCAAAUGAUUUGAAGAUGUUCACCCCAUGUUUUGUUGACAUCAUUGUAAUUUCGUGUAUUACCCUACAAUGUGUAGGACUGUUUCUUUUUAUAUGAUCAGUUUUUAUAACUCAAGUGGUGUAAUGAAUUUGGUAACACUGUCAUCUUUAUGUAUUAUUUAUGACUUGUAUGAAAGUAGACUUUAUUAAAUUAGAUCAUUCUUGAAGUCGUUAUUUGUUGUUUUGCCUACCCAUAGAUAAUUUCAAGGCUGUGACUAUGGCAUGAGAUAAGACCAAACAACACGAAAGCAAAAGCAUGACUUCGCAACAUGUUCACUUAGGCCAAGUCGCAACAAUACACGAAAUAUAUAGGCUAAUACAAUGUUCACUAGACUUCAGUAGACAGUAAUAUGCGCAUUUAUGUUCCUAAACGCAAUACUGUAUUGCCUAUUGU